AUGGCACCCACAUUCUUUACAGUAAUAAUCCUUCACACAACCCUCAUCCUACUCUUCUUAUCCACCCGAGCCCAAGCCCAAGCCCGAUCCUACUGCCUCAACAACAACGGCAACUACACCUGCAACAGCACCUACGCCGCCAACCUCAAUGUCGUCCUCUCCUCCAUCCCCGACACCAUCGACUCCGCAACCGGCUUCCUCAACGCCUCCGCGAGCCGGGCCCCCGACCGGGCCCACGUCAUCGCCCUCUGCCGGGGCGACGUCCAGCCUGAGAUCUGCCGCGUCUGCAUCCGCAACACCACUUCCCAACUGCUAACGUCAUGCCCCAACCAGCGGCAGGCCGCCUCGUGGUCCAAGUUCUGCAUGCUCCGCUACUCCAACGACACCCUUUACGGGAUCAUGGCUCCCUCCCCGCCCGGCUGGUUUUUGUGGAACAUGCAGAACGCGACGGACCCGACCCGCUUCAUGCAGGACCUCAGGAUGCUGAUCGACGGGCUUCGCGGCCGGGCGGCGGAGGGCGGGCCACGGCAGAAGGUGGCGGCCGGGAAUGUGUCGACUGCCGAUUUCCAAGUCAUCUUUGCGCUGGUACAGUGCACGCCGGAUCUGACGGCAGACGACUGCAGCCAGUGCCUGAUUGGUGCGGCGCAGGAUAUUCCGAGGCUCCGGGAGCUUGAGCCGCCGCCAGUGACUGCACCUCUGCCACCGGCGCCAGUGGAGCCCCAGCCGUCGCCUCCAGGAACAGGUGGUGGCAAUAAUACAACCAGAACGGCUAUCAUUGUUGUCGUAUCAGUUGUGGCUUGUGUGAUAUUAGCGAUUUUUGCAGGCGUACUGUUAAGGAGGAAGAGAGUAAAACAAAAACCAGAGGAACAACAUCAAACUGACGAUAUUAGCAACUCGGUCGAAUCUCUCAAAUAUUCCUUAACCACACUUAGAGAAGCCACAAAUGAUUUCGCAGAUGUUAACAAGCUUGGUCAGGGUGGCUUUGGUACCGUUUACAAGGGCGUACUUCCAAAUGGCCUAGAAAUAGCAGUAAAGAGAUUGGGUGAGAACUCGGGACAAGGAGAUGUGGAAUUCAAGAAUGAGGUCUUAUUGUUAGCAAAACUGCAACAUAGGAAUUUGGUUAGACUUUUGGGCUAUUGCUUAGAAGGAACAGAGAAGCUUCUUGUGUACGAAUUCGUGCAGAAUGCGAGCUUGGAUCAAUUUAUAUUUGACCCGGUCAAACGCUCCUUCCUUUUCUUCUCCGUGCAAUCUUUCUGCUACGACAACGGCAACUACACUGUCAACAGCACCUACGCUACCAACCUCAACGCCGUCCUCUCCUCCAUCCCCGACAACAUCGACGUCGCCUCUGGCUUCUACAACGCCUCCGCGGGCCGGGCCCCAGACCGGGCCUACGCCACCGCCCUCUGCCGGGGCGACGUCCAGCCCGAGAUCUGCCGCGGCUGCAUCCGAAACCUCACCGCCGACCUCCUGGCGGCGUGCCCCUACCAGCGCCAGGCCAUCGAGUGGGCCGAGCUGUGCAUCUGCAUCCUCCGAUACUCCAACGAGACCCUUACCGGGACUCCCCCGCAGUUCUGGCCCUCCCACUUAUUUUGGAACACGCAGAAUGCCACCAACCCGGCCCGAUUCAUGGAGGACCUCCGGGCCCUGCUCGACGGCCUGCGCGACAGGGCCGCGGCGGGCGGGCCCCGGCGCAAGGUAGCGGCCGCGAACGUGACCUACAACGAUUUUCAGGACAUCUUCGCGCUGGUCCAGUGCUCGCCAGAUCUGACCGCCGACGACUGCAGCAGCUGCCUGAUCGGCGCCGCCGGUGAGAUACCGACGUGCUGUGACAGGAGGGUAGGGGGUGGGGUGUUGUUGUCCAGCUGCACCAUCCGCUACGAGACGUAUCCCUUUUAUAAUAUGACCAGGCUCCGGGAGCUUGAGUCCGCGCCGCCGGCGCCUGCCCCUCUGCCACCGCCACCGCCGCCGCCGGGAACAAGUGGUGGCAACAAUAGCAAAACCAGAACUAUUAUCAUUGUUGUAGUAUCAGUUGCAGCUUCCCUGAUGUUAGCCAUUUUCGCAUUCGUUCUGUUUAGAAAGAGAACAAAACGAAAACCAGAGGAACAACAUCAGACUGACGAUAUUAGCAACUUCAUCGAAUCUCUCAAAUAUUCCUUCACCACACUUAGAGAAGCCACAAAUGAUUUCUCGGAUGUUAACAAGCUCGGUCAGGGUGGUUUUGGCACCGUUUACAAGGGCGUACUUCCAAAUGGCCAAGAAAUAGCAGUGAAGAGAUUGGCCGAGAACUCGGGACAAGGAGAUGUGGAAUUCAAGAACGAGGUCUUAUUGUUAGCAAAACUACAACAUAGGAAUUUGGUUAGACUUUUGGGCUAUUGCCUAGAAGGAACCGAGAAGCUUCUUGUCGGAUAUAUGGCUCCGGAAUACGCAAUGCACGGCCAGUUUUCAGUUAAGUCGGAUGUCUUCAGCUUUGGUGUGCUCGUCUUGGAAAUCAUUAGUGGCGAGAAAAAUAACUGCGUGCGGCCUGCAAAUAUUGUGGAUCCUUGCCUGAGGUCUGGUUUGGGUUCGAUAAGGGAGAUUUUGAGAUGCAUUCAUAUUGGUUUGUUGUGUGUUCAAGAGAAUCCGGCUGAUAGACCAACAAUGGCUUCUGUUGUACUAAUGCUUAAUAGCUUCUCAUUAACUCUGGCGGCUCCUUCUGAGCCUGCAUUCUAUAUGCCGAGUGACUAUGGCUCAGAUUCUUCACUCCUUCAGGAGCAUCGUUUGAGGGAAUCCGACUAUAAAAAUUCAUCGAAAAGCAGCAUACCAUCUGAUAAGUCUUCAUCAAGAAAUGAUGCGUCGAUCACGGACUUAUAUCCACCAAUAUCAUGUAUAUCAUUUAGUAUCUCCUUCUUCUUCUCUGCCCAAUCCUCUUGCUUCAGCUUCAACUACACUGCCAACAGCACCUACGCCGCCAACCUCCACGCCGUCCUCUCCUCCAUCCCCGCCACCAUCCCCGCCUCCACCGGCUUCUUCAACGCCUCCCUCGGCCGCCCCCCCGACCGCGCCCACGCCAACGCCCUCUGCAGGGCCGACAUCCAGCCGGAGGACUGCCAGAUCUGCGUCCGUAACAUCACCGCCAAUCUCCUGGCGGCGUGCCCUUACCAGCGCCAGGCCGCCGAGUGGUGGGAACUCUGCACCCUGCGCUACUCCAACGAAACCCUCCUCGGGACCCUGCAGACCUCACCCUACGUCUUCGUUCAGUAUCCGCAUACCGCCGCCAGCCCCGAAAAUUUCACCGCCGACCUGUGGCGGCUCUUGGACGACCUGCGCGGCCGGGCGGCCGCCGGAGGGCCCCUGAUUAAGGUGGCUGCCGGGAACACGAGUGGGCCCGAUUUUCAGAACAUUUACGCGCUGGUGCAGUGCAGCCCGGAUUUGUCGGAACAGGAUUGCACGGCGUGUUUGAUGGAGGCCGCUCAGGAGAUACCGAGGUGCUGCGGAGGGAGGGCGUGGGCUAGGAUCACCAUGUCCAGCUGCAACCUACAGUUUCGGACAGUCCCUUUUUACAACGAGACGAGGCUCCUCGAGCUCCAGCUGGCGGUGCCGCCUGCGCCAGAGGUGGAGCCGCCACAAGUGGCCCCUGAGACGCCGCCAGGAGGAGGAGAUGGUAACAAUACAACAAGAACGAUUAUCAUUGUUGUUGUUGCAGUUGUGUCUUGCAUAAUAGUAGCAUUUUUGGCUUGCACCCUGUUAAGAACGAGAAUAAAGCGUAAACCACAAGAACGAGAUAAGAGUGAUGACAAAAGUAUCACCAUUGAAUCCCUCAAAUAUGCCAUAAGCACAAUCAGAGAAGCUACAAAUGAUUUCUCGGAUACUAACAAGCUCGGUCAGGGUGGAUUUGGAGCUGUUUACAAGGGUGUUCUUUCAAAUGGAGCAAAAAUUGCUGUCAAGAGAUUGUCCGAGAACUCUGGACAAGGUGAUGUGGAAUUCAAGAAUGAGGUUGUAUUGUUGGCCAAGCUUCAACACAGGAAUUUGGUUCGACUUUUGGGCUUCUGCCUCGAAGGAGCUGAGAAGCUUCUCGUAUACGAAUUCGUGCAGAAUACGAGCCUAGACCAUUUUAUAUUCGAAUACGCAUUGCACGGCCAAUUUUCCGUUAAGUCAGAUGUGUUUAGCUUUGGAGUGCUUCUCUUGGAGAUCAUUAGUGGUCUAAAGAACAAUAGUGUCCGGCGUGGGGAGAACAUAGAGAAUCUCUUGAGCUUUGCCUGGAAAAACUGGAAAGAUCAAACAACCGCAAAUUUGGUGGAUCCUUGCCUAAGAUCAGGUGCAGGUGUAAUAAGAGAUAUGGUGAGAUGCAUUCAUAUUGGGUUGCUAUGUGUUCAGGAAAACCCGACAGAUAGACCGACAAUGGCUUCUGUUGUUGUAAUGCUCAAUAGCUUCUCCAUAACUCUGGCUGUGCCUUCCGAGCCUGCAUUCUAUAUGCCUAGUGACUACGGCUCAAAUAUGUCACAGCAUAAUUCGAGGGAGUCUGAAUACAAAAGUUCUUUACCAAUUUUAUCUGAUAAUUUUUCUAGAAAUGAAGCCUCGAUCACGGAUUUAUAUCCGCGUUGAUAUGUGAGUUGAGAGAAAAUGUUGUAUGUGGGGGUUUUUAUGUUGUUUUUUGUGGUUUGAAUGCUAGCCCAUUGCUGGAUUGCUAUACACUAAACUCAUGUCACUUUGUUUAGAUUUUGUGUAAUACCAUUUACACUAAAAGUUCUGUUAGUUAUAAACAAUAAUUUCCCAGCUGCACAGAAUGGCU